CGGGACGCGGCGUCGUGAGCUCGGCUGGGCUUGACCCCGAGGCCGGGGUCGGCUUCCUGGGAGCGAGCCGAACCAGUUUCUGGCUGGGGUCCGCGCGCGUGGCGCCGCGGGGAAGGCGGGGGAGCGCCGAGGGCAGCGAAGUCUCGCGAGAUCGCGCGUGCGGCGGCGGCGGCGGCGGCGGCGGCGGCCGGGGAGGUUCACAAUAAAGGUGCUAAGAAAAAGAAUGUAAGACAGGAAAAUAAUUAAAUAUUUUUACUAAGUCUCUUCAGCAGGCCACAUUUAAGCGGUGUUUCAUAGCUCCUGUUGCCCGCGGCUGGAACACAAUGGAUCACACAGGGACACUAGACACCGAGGAUGAACUGGGACCUUUAGCCCGUCUUGCCCCAAGUCCUCAGAGUGAAUCCGUUGCCCAUGAGUUCCAGGAACUCUCGCUGCAGCCCAGCCAGCACUUACCCCCUCUGAAUGAAAGGAAGAAUGGAAGUGUAGUCUUUUGGGAGUCAGGACUCCAGUCUCCUCUGCUGACUCAGUCUGUGAGCACGGUGCUCCAGCUGAGGCUGCAGCAAAGGAGAACGAGAGAGCAACUCGUGGACCAGGGCAUCAUGCCACCUUUGAAGAGCCCAGCAGCAUUCCAUGAGCAGAUAAAAAGCUUAGAACGAGCCAGAACUGAAAACUUUUUGAAGCAUAAGAUUCGGAGCCGACCAGAUCGUUCUGAACUUGUCAGGAUGCAUAUCUUGGAAGAAACAUUCGCAGAGCCGUCCCUGCAGGCUACUCAGAUGAAGUUGAAAAGGGCUCGACUAGCCGAUGAUCUGAAUGAGAAGAUUGCUCAACGGCCUGGUCCCAUGGAGCUGGUGGAGAAAAACAUCCUCCCUGUAGACUCCAGUGUUAAGGAGGCCAUUAUAGGUGUUGGGAAGGAGGACUAUCCCCAAACCCAGGGUGAUUUCUCAUUUGAUGAAGACAGUAGUGAUGCCCUAUCUCCGGACCAGCCAGCCAGCCAGGAGUCCCAGGGGUCUUCUGCGUCCCCCAGUGAGCCAAAAGCUACUGAGUCGCCAUCUCCUGUGACUACAAACACUCCAGCCCAGUUUACUUCAGUGUCCGCCACAGUUCCUGAAUUCUUGAAAACUCCUACCACGGAUCAGCCCCCCACAAAGUGCACCACUCCUGUCCUGCCCACGAACACUGUGUCCUCAGCAAAGCCUGGGCCAACACUGGUAAAGCAAAGCCAUCCCAAGAAUCCAAAUGACAAACACCGGAGCAAAAAGUGCAAGGACCCCAAGCCCCGGAUAAAGAAGCUGAAGUAUCACCAGUACAUCCCACCAGAUCAGAAGGGCGAGAAGAACGAGCCACAGAUGGACUCCAACUACGCCCGCCUGCUUCAGCAGCAGCAGCUGUUCCUGCAGCUGCAGAUCCUGAGCCAGCGGCACCAGUAUAGCUACCAGACCAUCCUGCCUGCCCCCCUCAAGCCACUCAAUGACAAAAAUAACAACAGUGGGAAUUCAGGUUUAAACAAUACCACAUCUAAUACACCAAGACAGAAUAUAUCUGCUCCUGUGAGGAAACCAGGACCGCUGCCUUCUAGCUUGGAUGACCUAAAGGUGUCGGAACUGAAGACGGAACUGAAGUUAAGGGGUCUUCCAGUGUCAGGCACCAAACCCGACCUCAUUGAACGGCUGAAGCCCUACCAGGAAGUGAACAGCGGCGGCAGCGUGGCAGUGCCAGCGCCUGCCAUUGUCACCAGCAACCUGGAUGUCACUGUAGCACUGCCCGUCACAGUGCCACAUAACUCUGUGACCAGCUCGGGCCCCACGUUCAAGGCAGAACCGCCGUGUGCUGGGAACCACAGCUUAGCCCACAUUGAAAGCAUUAGCUCCCCUCUGCCGAUCUCACCGUCCCCUUCCGAACAGUCCAAUCUCAGCACUGAGGACACAAACAUGGCAGACUCGUUCACCGAGAUCAUGACCAUGAUGUCUCCGUCGCAGUUCUUGUGUUCGUCUCCCCUGCGAGGGACCAGUAACGAGGACAGCCUCAGUCCCACCAACAGCACUCUGUCAAGUCUGGAACUGGAUGCAGCCGAGAAGGACCGCAAACUUCAGGAGAAAGAGAAGCAGAUCGAAGAGCUGAAGAGGAAACUGGAACAAGAGCAGAAGCUCGUGGAAGUGCUGAAGAUGCAGCUGGAGGUAGAGAAGCGAGGGCUGCAGCAGCGGCCACAGGAGCCCCAGCCCAGCGCCUCAGCUAAUGCCAGCAGCAAGUUAGGUCAGAAACGCGCCAGCGCCAGCUCCUCCGUCAAAGACGAGACCUCGCUUGCCGACUGCUCCAGUUCCGGGCAGCUUGUCCCGGGAGCCAGCCAUCCUGUCGGCCAGCCCGUCUCGGCCAGUGGCCAGACCCUCAUUGCCAAAAAGGCUGUAGUGAUCAAGCAAGAGGCCCCCAUGGCCCUCGUAGAGCAGCAGGGCGUUGUCCCACAGUUUUACGUGAGUUCCCAGGGACAGCCACCACCCACCAUUGUUGCUCAGCCUCAGGCUUUACUGACCACGCAGACUGCUCAGCUGCUGCUCCCGCUGUCCAUCCAGGGCUCCAAUGUCACCUCAGUGCAGCUCCCAGUAGGCAGCCUAAAGCUCCAGACUCCACCACAAGCAGGAAUCCCGCCUCAGCCUCAGCCUCAGCCUCAGCCUCAGCCUCAGCCUCAAAUUGCACCUGCUGCCUUGUCCCCGGGCUUAGCCCAGACCGCACCUCAGAAACAGGACGCUUUCCCGCCGCACGUGCUCCCUCAGCCUCAGCAAGUCAGAAAGGUUUUCACAAACUCGGCAUCAAAUACAGUGCUUCCAUAUCAGAGACCACCUGCUCCCGCAGUCCAGCAGCCCUUUAUCAGUAAGACAGCCAACAGCAUUCUUCAAUCCAGAAAUGCACCACUUCCAUCCCUGCAGAAUGGACCUAACACUCCCAACAAGCCUAGUUCACCCCCACCAGCCCAGCAGUUUGUCAUCCAGCACUCUCUGUUUGGGAGCCCAGUCCCCAAGACAAAAGACCCUCCCCGCUAUGAAGAAGCCAUCAAGCAGACACGCAGUGCCCAGUCCUCUCUUCCAGAGAUUGCCAAUGCACACAGUCAGCAGAUGGACGACCUCUUUGAUAUCCUCAUUAAGAGUGGAGAAAUUUCCUUCCCUAUAAAAGAGGAGCCUUCUCCUAUUUCCAAAAUGAGACCAGUGACAGCGAGCAUCACCACAAUGCCAGUCAACACAGUGGUGUCCCGGCCACCACCCCAAGUCCAAAUGGCACCACCCAUAUCCUUAGAGCCUAUGAGCAGUUUAUCUGCCAGCUUAGAGAACCAACUAGAAGCUUUCUUGGAUGGAACUUUACCUUCAGCCAAUGAAAUAGCUCCCCUGCAGAGCAGCAGUGAUGACCGAGAGCCCUUCUCUCUGAUCGAGGAUCUCCAGAAUGACCUGCUAAGUCACUCGGGUGUGCUGGACCAUUCCCACUCACCUAUGGAAACUGCCGAGGCCCAGUUUGCUGCAAGUACCCCCUGUCUGUCCCUUGACCUUUCUGACUCAAACCUGGACAAUAUGGAGUGGCUGGACCUCACUAUGCCUAACACGUCAUCUGGCCUCACCCCUCUCAGUGCUGCCGCCCCGAGCAUGUUCUCUGCCGACUUUCUGGACCCACAAGACCUACCGUUGCCAUGGGACUAAUGUCACAGACCUCUUGUCUCAGAGCUCAUGGGUUUAAAAGAUGAAAGUGAUUCUAAUCAAUCAGUUUUUAGCACAGAGCCAUAGUUGCAUCACUGCAAUUAAAACAUGUUGUCACAGAAAGAACAGAUAGAAGGUCAUGGCCUGGACACCAAGUGUGAAAGCCCCUCACUGCAUCUAGCAGUGCAUUUACACCGUUCAGCAGCACAGGGCUUUCUGAAAACCACUAGUCAAAGAAGACCCACCUGUUUCCCCAGACUUCACUAAGGAAUGAGGAGUCCUUUAGUUAAAACCACAAAGAGUGAGCAAAGUGUGCAGGAUGACGAUGUGGAGACUCAUUGGUAGUCAGGGGCACCCCCACCUCUGUGCUACCUCCUGAGGCCCCAGGCAGGAUGCAGACAGUACUGCUCAGAAAUGAACACCAGUGUGAGGGAAGUGACAGGUCGCUGCACGUGGCUUAUCCUAGACAUGGCCUCAGCCCAGCCAAGGCUCAGGCCCUGAAGGGCACCAGCCAGUUCAGUGACGGCCUUCAGCUGAAGACUUCUUGUUCCAUUCAGAAACCAGUGUAAUUUUUUUGUGUUGUAGUUUAUUUUACGAUUUUUGGAAUCUUUCUUCAGAUUUCCAAACAAAUUUAAAUGGAAAAUCUUUCACCAGAACCAAUGUCUACAAAAUACUGUUGUGAACAAUCCACUGUAAAAAGUCCAGGUAUAUUGAUAACACUGAAAAUUCUAUUAGCAACUUUCUGGGUUGAUUAGAUGAAUUUUAAUGUGUAUAUUAGGCAUUUGUAUGUACACUCUGACAUGGUUAUUUGUACAGCUUGCAUUGGGGCUAAGGAAUCGGGUGUCCAGUGGUCCUACUUGUUUUAAUAACUCGAAUAUCUCUAGAGUACUUGAGCCACAUGUAUUUCUGUAUUUAGAGAAUUGCUGACUAAUUUCAGGUAACCAGACCCAUCUCAAAGAACCAAGAAAAGGCUUUAGCGUAAACUCUCUGAGCUGGUGAGUUGCACAGAGAAGACAAGGGAGAAGAAGCCAUCAACCCCGGACCUGCCCGUGAAGGUUACAGGUUAGACUGUGUCGCCAGGUUGGCUUCUGAUCCCAGCUCUGGCCACCCUGCCUCUGUCCCUUACCUCUGGUUAUCAUUUUACAGGCUCGUAACUGGAUGUCACACCCGAGCUCUCACUAUAUUAUCAAGCCGAAGAUUGGAAAACUGGAGAUUUUAUUAGUAGUUUUUUGUAUAGAAAAAAAGUGAUCACAUAUUUGUUGGGUAGUUUCUUAAGAAUAUUCUAAAAUGCCAACUAUUGCAAGAUUUCCAAAACUAUUUCAAGGUAGUCAUUUAAGUAUAUUGUAAAAUAUAAGUAACUGAAAAAGAAAAAAAAAACUGAACUCUACCAAAAAGCAUGGAGGUUUUGUUAAAUAACACUAUCCCACUUGUGUCAAGGCUAGUGGGGAGGUGGCCUUCUCUGGAUCAGUAAGCAGUGAAUAUUCCCACAAUGACAUGCAAGGGGCAACCUGACCCAUUAUCUGGAAAGAAUUUGUGAAUCAUUUCUGGGAUUGAGCUGAUCUUGGACAAAUUUAUUUAAAAUUUUCAUUUUGGUUUGUAACAUUUACUACAUGUAAGAAAAGUCUCUUUUCCCAAUGUGAAAGCACUUCUGAACGAUUCAAGGCAGAGGUGGUCAUGCUGGGUGUGGUCUGCAGUGAGCAGUUUAUAUGUUCAGAAGUUGGUAACGGCACAUGGGAUCUCGUAAGGCUCUGUGGACCAGAAUGCGGCCCUCUGAACAUCAUCUUCAUUCAGAUUUAAAUGGCUUAUUAACACCAAAUAUCUGCGGGACUGUUGGAGGCAACUGAGCAGCUAGUGCUGUUGACUCUUGAAUGACUUUCUCUCAUCAUCCUGAGCUGUGGACCUACAUCUUUUUCUAGCCCUCAUUUCCCCUUUUGCUUUUUCAAACUAAGUUAUGCAACAUGACACAGGAACGUUGCUCUCCAAAAAUACAUUCUGCUGUGCAAAAAAUGCCAUCUCAUUAGCCUGCUCUUUUGACUGCAAAUUGCUUAAGUACACACUGCACAUAUGUGUUCAAACCUUUAUGUAUCGGCAUUUCCUUUAAAAGGAAGGCAAGAGUCUCUAGUUAUUAAUUCUACCAGCCACCACUUGCACCAUUCCACUGGGCCCUCCUGUCCUGGUUUGAGCAGCAGCCAGGCAUCCAUGACAUUGGAGCUGCUCUCCAGGGUCCCAGCUUCAUGUCAAAGUCAGGUGAGGACACAGACCAUGUGCAACAUACAACAUGACCAAAGGUGACACUGUAUUCAAGGCCCGUCUAACUUAAUUCAUUGUACAUAUUGGUAAGUACAAUGGGAAAGGUAUGUGUUUACUAAAGAAAUUUUUAUUGUUUAAGACGAGUUUCAGAGCCAUUAAAGCACAAGUCAGCACAGCCGGUUGGAUUUCCAGUAUGCAGAAGUUGUAUGUCAGUUUGCAGAAUAUCACACUGCCAAGAAAACAGCCAACUCCUAGAAACAUAUUUUCUCACAUCCAGUCUUACAUCCCUAAAUAUUCCUGAAGUACAGUAGUAUCCUGCCUUUCUGGUGUAUGUAAGUGUCAGGUCACGUCAUUGGGGGUGGAAUGAACAAGGUUAUACCAAAGCUUCUACAGAGUUUGGAAGCCUAGAGGUAUAUGGUCAUCUUGUACAUUUCAGCAAAGCAUGUACUAGGAAAGCUGUUAGGACAGGGUUAGCAUUCACAUUUUAGUGUUUCUCCUGAAACGUGCAAUCUGUUGUAUAGUAUUUGCCACAUGUUUUAAUUAUAGAUGUAUUCUGAAUUCAUGGAAGUUUCUGCUCACAUACUAUAUCUGUUUGUUUUGGAUGAAUAUUUUUUUAAUAUAAGGAGAUCUUACUUCAGUUCCCUUUUCCAAAACUGCACAGUUCCAUGACCCACCCAGCUGAUACUUUUGCAAGUGCAGCUUGGAACAGGGGCAAAGGCAGUCUGCUGCGUCCUCAAGGCUGCUGCCUCUCAGCUCAAGGCCAAGUCCCAGCCACAAGAUCACGCCGCUGAAGUGUGCAGUCAGUGCGCCCUGAGCGUGGUACCAGGCACGUCAC